AUGGUGUAUGCCGCUGCCGCUUCGGCUCUUUGCUGGCCUAUGCAAUGGAUCCGAAAUUUCAGCCCCCAGGCCGCAGGGGCAACGCUCGGUCUCAUCGUCAUCCAAGUCGGCAUUGGCGUCGUCAUGAAGGCUGCGCAAACGUCCGGAUCCUAUUCCUUCUCCCCGUCCGCAUCGGUCACCAUCUCCGAGUUUCUAAAGCUGCUCUUGUCCUUGGCGCUCUUUUACAGACAAUGGCAACAACGCCCGACGGAGUAUGUCAAGUUCGCAGACAACGGUGAGGAAUCCGCCAUCCCGUUGACCACCACGAUCUCGGCAACCGACGGAAAAGAAGAACAAGAUAAAGAGCGAGAGGUGGACUUUGAAAACGGCUAUUCGGCUAGCUUUGACGCGGAGAGGGGACAUUUGGUCGCGCAGCCCCGAUCAGGCUUGGCCGCCUUCUGGAUCGAUCUGCGCAGCAGCAUCACGGAACAAAAGUCCGCUGGUUACUACGUCCUGGCACUCUGCUACACGCUUAUCAAAAACUCGAUAUUCGUCUGCUACAAGCUGGCCGACGCCGGCACGAUCCAGCUCGCUAAGAGUAGCAGAACGGGCGUUACGGCACUCAUACUGACGUAUUGCCUAAACGCCAGCAUCUCCAAGUUGCAAUGGAUUGCAAUUGUCAUCCAGAUGUUUGGUCUGAUUCUCACUCAGUACAAAGCUAGCAGCGGCACCACCUACCCCUGGACCACGUACUCGAUCCUUCUGCUUCAGGUCAUCCUCAGCGCAUCGUCCGGCGUAUACAACCAGUAUCUUCUGAAGCAGCACGACUCGAACUUGCAUGUCGACAACAUGUUGCUUUACGCCUCCGGUACCUUUGUCAACCUGCUCUGCCACAUCAUGCUGCGCAGCAUGAGCCCCGACGAGCCGGGUUUCUUCCAGGGAUAUACUAGCGCCGGCGCUGUCAUGGUCAUCGUCAGCAAUGUCUUCAUCGGACUUGCUAUUACCGCCGUGUAUAAAUAUGCUAACGCUGUCAUCAAAUGCUUCGCAACGGCCUUGUCUACGGGGAUACUUCUGUGUAUCGCUACACUUUUGCUUGGCACUGAGCUGGGCGAGAUGUCCCACCAGUACGCUACUUCUGGACGCGCCUCGAGUUUUGACGUUGUCGACCUUGCUAGGGGCAUGUACUCGAAAUUCUGCAAGACCUUGCUCUUCAUCUUUACGCUUUUGACCAUGGCUUCUGUGGCAUUCUUGACGCUUAAGAAGUCGGAGAUGCCCGGCUUCUCGCCGAUGGCGGACGUGUCACCGGGCGGAAGUGUAUCCAACAUUAACCGCGGAAGCGAUUCCGCCUUUGGAAACAGCCUGGCCAUGAUUCGUUUCAACUCGGCUCGUCCUGAGCGCAUACCUAUGCUGAAGAAAUACGAACCUUUCUUCCACACUGUCCAUAUCUCGAUGCCAGAGCUGAUGCCGGAGCAUCCGGCUGAUUUUCACAACUUGACGGUCGACCAGUACCCCAACGUAUACACCAUCUACAAAAUGGUUUCCGACCUGAUGGAAACAAUGCUUGCUGAUACACCUCCAGAAGGGGCCCGUUUUCGGUGCAUGAGCGAUACAGGUGGAAGCAAGUGGUGGGGCUACGGAGAAGGCCAUCAAAACAGGGUGUUGGCUGCCAUCAAGGAGGUUGAAGGGCUAGGCCUCGACUACAAAGUGCACUUGACCGAGUGGUGUUUCGGCUGGAGCGACAUCUACUACAUCCCGCGCCGCUUCUUCGCCGACUUUAUCAUCUUGGCCAAGGUAUUCUUGGAUCAUGAAGCGUUCCAUGAGCUCGCAAUUCCAACCAUUGUUCGAAUUAUUGAUGAUAGCCGCCGUGCAAGUAAGGAACAAACGGAGCUUGAUGUUAUCAAGGACUGCUGGGGGUGGUGUUGCGCUUCCAACCCGACGAUGGAGGAUGUUUUGACGGCUCGCUGCGGCCACCGCCUGAAUUACCUUGAUGAGAAUGUGACGAACGCGUUCUAUAACAAGUUGGACAAUCGGGCCAAACUCUUGGAGGGGCGGCGUGAGCAUAUCGAAGAGCGUGGGUUAUUUUUGGGCAACUUGUUUUGA